CCUGUUUAGAUACCAGAAAAAGAAAGCAUAAAGAGCAGCACCUCGGCUUCGAAAUAUGUUUUGUAGUUUGACAGAUCUUUGACGGUUUUAUCUUCAUAAUUUCUUAUCCCCUUGUAUCCCUAUUAUUCCGGUUUGCCUUACCUACCCGUUUCCAAUUAAAUCAAAGAUCAUCAUCUUCCCUGAUCAGCCACAGCAUCCCAAACGCCGAAAUGAACGGAGCAGCAUUCCCUUCCCCCACAUCAGAGAUGGCAGAAAUAAAUCGUAUUCAGUAUGAGCUGGACUACACUGAAGGAAUCAGCCAAAGGAUGCGCGUCCCAGAGAUGCUUAAAGUGGCCCCAGAAGCCUAUGAUGACCCCAUUACUCUGAGGUCUCAGAAUGUGCACUCCAGUGUCAUCAUGCAGGUCCCAGAUAGGAUUGUGGUCACUGGAGACAACAGUAAGAAAACAUUUUCUGGGACCAGAGACCUUGACUUCAUCCAGUCUACACCAUUUGACACCCUGUCACUAAAGACUCCACCCAGAGUGCUCACACUGAGUGACCGGCCCCUAGACUUCCUUGAGGAUGAACAACGGGCAGCACCAGACACUGAUGACACAAUGCGUCACCAAGGGAGAAUGAGACGUGAGCGUUCAGCCAGUGAAAACAUGUCCGUGCGUCCAAGUGGUCUAACACAUAAUGACUCUGCCCAGCCACCAUCACUGCGAGGGGGUACAGCUUCAGGCUCCAACCCCCUGCAUGAGUCCAGGCUUGCGCUGUCCACUUAUGAAGCCUCUUUUGAUGCCGGUACAGAUGACUUGACUAUGGUGGAUGCAGCAACGCUACGCAGACAGCUCAUCAAGUUGAACCGGAGACUGCAGCUGUUAGAAGAGGAGAACAAGGAGCGCGUGAAGCGAGAGAUGAUCCUAUACUCCAUCACUGUGGCUUUCUGGCUCGUCAAUACCUGGGUGUGGCUACGGCGCUAAUGCCUUUUGUGAGCUGACCACACCAAACAUCCAACUAUUUAAAAUGUACAGUUUUAUUUUUUUACUCCUUUUGUUCAUUCAGUUGAUUCCUAUUUUAUUUUUUAUACAUGUAUACUAUUCUUUGCUUUGGGCUAGAUUUGAAUUGUAAAUAUUUGCAUUGCGACACUGCUCUUCAGGAAGAACUUAGUCAAGAGAACAAUAAACCUAUACAAUAUACCCUA